AAGAGGACGUGGUUGGGUUGUUUUGUUUUGUUUCCUUCCACUCUUUCUUCUUCAUUUCCUCUUUCUUUCUUUUCUUCUCCAUUUUUUCUCAUAUCCUUGGACAAAAAAAUUAAGCCUUUUUCUGGGUUUGAUUUUCUAUAAAGGAAUCGAAACAAGGAAGAACAGAUUUGAAAAAGAUUCUUGGGUUUUCAAGAAAAAGUAGAGACAUUUUAAUUAAAGAAUUAAGAGAUUUGGGGUUGAAGGAGGAUAGGUAUGGAGGAAACAAUGGCAGCUAGGUAUUGGUGUCACAUGUGUUCACAAAUGGUGAAUCCAAUAAUGGAAUCUGAGAUCAAAUGUCCCUUUUGUCAAAGCGGAUUCAUCGAAGAAAUGAGUGGUAAUAGCGGUGGUGGUGGAGGUAGAGGCAUAAGAGAUGUUCAAGAUUCAGAAACCGAUUUUGGAACAGACCGUGCAUUGUCUCUAUGGGCACCAAUCUUGCUUGGAAUGAUGAGUAGUCCUCGGAGACGAAGAAGGUUUAGAAGAUCAGAGUUUGGUGAAGAGAAUGAUGAUAAUGGUGAUGAAUUGAGUAAUGCUGAUGGGAAUGAUAAUAAUAAUAACAGUAAUGUGUAUUAUCAUCAUCGAGCUAGGCGGCAUGGUGGAGAGAUUGAUUUGGAUAGAGAGUUUGAGUCUAUCUUGAGGCGAAGACGAAGAAGCUCGGGGAAUAUAUUGCAGUUACUUCAAGGGAUUCGUGCAGGGAUUGCUUCAGAGUAUGAAAGUUCUGAUAACGAUUGGGAUAAUUCUCGUGAGAGGGAUAGUAAUAACAAUAGAGUUAUAAUGAUCAAUCCGUAUAACCAAUCGCUCGUUGUUCAGGGAUCUUCAGAUCAAAAUCCGAAUCAUCCUUCAUUGACUUCACUUGGAGAUUACUUCAUUGGACCUGGUUUAGAUCUUUUGCUUCA